UUUUUUUUUUUAAAUGCUUCUCAGUGGAAGUGCGAAUGGCGCUAGCCUGUAGGGAGGGAUACUCCGCAGUCCCUGCGUUUGAUUGAUAGGCAAUGGGCAGGCUUUUAUUCCAGUUAAAGGAGCAGAGCGAAACAGCCGAUAUUUUGUUUACAACUAGUCGAGAAUGUUUUCUCAUGCGGAACGGAUGACUUUUAUUUUUUUAACGGUUUUUAUUUUAAAAUAUAUAUUUUAUCAGUCCAAAAUAUUUAAGUAACUAUAACAAUCCGAUACGAACCAUUAGCCUAUAGAACAGGUUUCCAUUUUUAAAAAAAUAAAAAUAAACUGUUGGAUAACCUCUUUUUUUUUCUUUUUUUUUUGUUGUUUUAACGCUACGUCCAAACCCGCAUACUACCCUACUAAACAGUACGUUAGAAUAGUAGGCUCCUGAGGGAGUGCGGUGUGUUGUGGCAUACUGUGUAGUAGAGUAGUACGCACUGGCCAUAAACAUGUUCAGGAGAAACAUGGCGGCUCUGGUGUUACAGAAGAAAGGGAAAUACCUAACGGAUAUGUAGCACGUUGUUGAGUUGUUUACGAUCUAAAAUGCUGCUAAAUUGAUAUUUUGCUUACUCUAAUAUCAGUUUGAAGAAUUUAGUUUGUAAAAUGGUAGAAAAUAAAGUAGUUUCGGUUGAUACUCGGCUUUAGAGCAGCCUUGCUAACUGCGCUACUGCAGUGAAGACACACUAAAGCAGUUUCCUAAUGUAGCCAGUGUUUAUUAUUAUGAUUAUUUAAAAAUAUAUAUAUUCGUCUGUGGAAUAAUUACACCAAAACUGCUUUACAAAAAUAAAACCAGCCCUUCUGUCUUCUCCCCUUGGUUCCUGUGAGUUCAGUGACCCUUCAAGCCCCCAUCUUAUGUUUCACUAACACGCCGUGUGCUACAUUUAGAAAUGCAUUUAGAAGCUCGAGUCACAGGCUUAUGAAGCUAACUGUGCUGAAAUGUAACCUUUUCUCAUGACUUUGGUCAUUUAUUGCCUGAAAUGAGUGGGUGAAACCACUAAAAAUAAAGCGUGGUUGAUGUGGAUAAUGGAAAACGCCUGUGUGUGUGCAGUUGUGAAGUCUGGCGCUAGAAUGCUCCAGCGUUGCCAGCAGCAACAGUAACUAUGAUGACGUCGCCAUCGUCGGUGUCCAUGGAGGAGUUUCAGGAGAAUCAACAGAUGCAGGAGGAGGAGCACUCAGUGGGAGAGACAGAUGAAAGAUUGGAGGAGGAAGAGGAAAGAGAGGAGGAGGAGGAGGAGAGCGGCCCGGUGCCAGCCGACCCCCAGACACCCAUGGAGGCCCAAAAAGCCGCCAUCUACAGGCACCCCCUGUUCCCCUUGCUGGCACUUUUGUUUGAGAAGUGUGAGCAGUCCACGCAGCGCUCCGAGUGUGUGACGUCGGCCAGCUUCGACAUGGACAUCCAGAACUUUGUGCGGAGUCAGGAUAAGGAGAGCAAGUCCUUCUUCAGCGAGGACCCUGAGCUCGACAGCCUGAUGGUGAAGGCGAUUCAGGUGUUGCGUAUCCACCUGCUAGAGCUGGAGAAAGUGAGCGACCUGUGUAAAGACUUCUGCAGUCGCUAUAUCGCCUGCCUGAAGACUAAGAUGAACAGCGAGACUCUACUGAGCAGCACUGAUCCGGCCAGUCCAUACUCACCUACGCAGGCUCAGACUCCUAGCUCUUUCCCAGGGACUAUGAGUCCACAGGGGAUCGUAGUACCAACAUCCGCCUUACAACAGGGCAGCCUUACUGUAACGGCAGUAAACCCCACACAGGUGGUGUCAGGUGGCACAGUCUAUCAGCCCGUAACUGUUGUGACUCCACAAGGCCAGGUGGUAACCCAGGCCCUCUCACCUGGCACAAUACGCAUCCAGAAUUCACAGCUCCAGUUACAGCUGAACCAGGAUCUCAGCUUCCUGAGUCAAGAUGAAAACUCGUCUAAGACCAAGCGGGGCAUUCUGCCCAAGCACGCCACCAGCGUCAUGCGUUCUUGGCUCUUCCAGCACAUUGGGCAUCCAUAUCCUACAGAAGAAGAGAAGAAGCAGAUUGCACUGCAGACUAACCUCACCCUGCUGCAAGUCAACAACUGGUUCAUAAAUGCGCGAAGGCGGAUCCUGCAGCCGAUGCUGGACGCCAGCUCAUCAGAGGCACCCAAAAACAAGAAGAAAACACCACAGACUCGUCCACUGCAGCGCUUCUGGCCAGACUCCCUCGCAUCCUCGGUCUCCCAGCAACAAGUUACCAUGGAAGAUGGUACCAUGGUAUCAGUCAGUAUGGUAGGAGGAGAGGACGGGCUGCAGACGCUGUCGUCCGAUGGAGCAACGCUGGCCAUGCAGCAAGUGAUGAUGGGAGGCCACAGUGAGGAUGAUGAAGACGAUGAUGAAGAAGAGGAAGAGGACAAUCUAUCCCACGCCGACAUGACCAGGCUAGGUCUGGAAACCAGCGACUCACUGUAGGAAUGAGAAAUUAGAUUUACACACACGCACACACACGCGCACACACACUCUGCCAGGGAUGUCGAGAGACACAUUAAAGGAUAUUGUUAAAGAGAUAUUGUUUAAGAAAGUGAAAAAAACGAAGGAAUAAGACAAAAAAAGAAAAAGAAUGAAAGAAGGAGAGACAUUUUCUCACUGUGCAGUCAAGUGCAUGAUCAUGUACUGUAUGUCACAUUAUGGACAAUCAGGUUGUCAAACAUCCUGAUGAUUAAUCGAUUGGAAGGCUCAAAGCCAUACACGCCAAAAAAUGCAGUUCAUGUACACACACAUACACGCAGACACGCAAAUGAUAAGCACAAUCGUACAACAUGUAUGGGGUUUCUUGCACAGUGAGGAUAUGCAUCAGUUUCAUUUCAAAAAUUUUUUUUAUUUGUUUGUUUGUUUAUUUGUUUGUCUGUUCAGCAGCACAAAGGAAACCUCAUGCACUUUUUAGUAUAUUACUGUAAACAGCCAUGUUGAAAACAGCCAAAAGAAAAGAAAAGAGAAUGCAUAGGUCAAUGCUGGAUGAUUUGGCUUUCCUUGUCCUCAUCUCCUCGGAUGAGAUUGUGUCUCUUGCAUGCCUGUGUUUGCGUUGUUUUCAGGCACCAGAGAAGAAGAAACUAUUUUUAUAUUUACACUGCUGAUGAAUUGGUGCCCCUUUGCUUUGGCUCAGUUUUGCUGUGUUUUUGGUAAAGGACAAGUUAUGUUGGCGAUGAUAAAAGUCACUUUUUUUGAUAUGAUGGCCCAGUUUUGGGGGAAUUUUGAUAAAGCUUAAUACCUGAAAAUACAAAGAAAGAGCUUUUGCUAUAGUGAUAAGUAGGAAAAAACACAAGGCCUUAGAUGUUUCAUUUUACAAACUGAAACUGGCCUCAUUUUUGUCUAAUUAAACUGACCAGCACUUCUGCUACAGCUUUAGUCUCCAUGAAAACCAACACGCAUUGAAAGUGACAGUUAAUCAAUUACUAAGACUUCCCACUCUGAGUUACAAUACUGUUUUACACACCGGUGUCGAUUUUUCCUUUCAAAACCACAUGCUUACGGGGUUUAUAAAUGUAAACGUGCAGUAAACUUGUUAAUGUCACCUACUACAUAUUUGCUAUUCAGUUGGGAUUUGUCCACUACUCCAUGACAGCUACCUAUCUAAUUUAAAAUUCUAAUUUAAAAUGAGCAAAUUAAUCCUAGCUUGAUAGCAAGUUGAUGUAGGUCUCUACAUAGUCUAAAGAAGAUGACGUGUGCAGAUCAAUAAUAAUAAAAUACCUUCAACUACAUUGUGCUUCUGGCCAAGUGGACUUGAAUGAAAUUUUAGAGUCAACCCAAUAUUCGGACUGAUAUUUCCUCCAUUCUAUAUCCUUUAGCCUGUGACUCAAAACUCUUCUCUCUGUCAUCAUUUAAGGAGUAAUUAUUUAUUUAAAGGAGCAGUUUGAAAUUUUAGAGCCCACUGUUGCCUAUGAGGUGAAUUGCAAUUGUAAUGAAAACAGUGACUCUUGUGAGUUGCCUUUUAAGGAUGAAGGAGAAGAGCUGAGCAGCUCUGUUCCAGUGGGCCAGAAAAAAAUGUAAAGAGAAACCUUAAACAAAGAACAUAUUGAGAUCCCUUGCAUCACAGUAUUUCUAAUCACAGUAUUUCCAAGGAGGUAUCACUAAGAUUGUACAAUUUUUAUAUGUCUAGCAAUACUUUUAAAAAUUACAAACUGCUCCUUUAAAUGUGUUCAGAGGAAUUGAGUAGAGAGAAAAGAGGAGGCUUUCUCUUUCUGUUCCAUGAUUCUUUUUUUUUUCUUCUUCUUCUUCCCAACCCCCAUUCCCCCCCCCCAAAAAAAAGGUAAUGACGACAAAAUUAUAAUUAGAAUCUUAUAAUCAUAACAGCAAAUCUAAAAUCCAUGAAAAUUAAAUUAAAAAUAAUGUAUGUCUUAUUUGGCAGAUUUUGUUUUGCGUCAGUUCCUCUCUCUUUGAUUCUGCUCGAAUCCUUUUCCUGCAUUUCAGUACAGGAAGUGCUGCAAGAAAAGGAAGCACCCAUCAGCUCCAGGUUGUGCCUUCUUGCCCCUAAACUGCAAAAGGCCAUUCAUGUGAUGGAUGUAGGGAAAGUUGACAAAGGUGUGAUAAAAACAGACUUAAAACCCAUAGUAUAUUUUAUCAAAUAAUAUUUAAGAAAGGGAAGCUGGUAAAAUUUUUCAGGAUGCAUAUCAUAAACGGUCCAUAAGAGUUAGAUCUAAUCAAGGCUUUUGUUUAAGAACACAAUCACCAUUUCUAUAUUUAUCACCAUUAUUGCAAUGGAACACGUACAAGCUGCCAUUUUGGCCUCCGUGAACAUUUUUCCAUCACAACUGAGCUGAGACAAUUAGUGUUUUGAGUAUGUAAAGAUUUAUUGCAUGGGUUUGUACUUUAUUGCUGUAAAGAAAUAAAAACACUAUUAUUUC